UUCACCUCUGCCCACCGGGUGGUAUUACCCGGCCCUGGGCUUUCCCUUCUUCCGGAGAGCGAGUUCUCACUGCAGCUCUGCAGGGAGGCUGUUGCAAUGCGGAGAAGAACUGCGGGGAGGAGGGGAGAGUGUGACCGGAGCUGCUUGGUGCAGCACAUCGGGGUUAUAAACAAACUUCAACCUUCUACCGCUAAAGCGACGUUUGCCAAGUGCGCGGUGCUCCUGGGAGAAGGGGGCUAACGCUGGGAGCUGCCUGCACCAAAAUGUCUCUUCUUUCCUGUUUUCGUUUUGCCCCAGGCCCCAGUCUCUUGUAUUUGCAAGAAGCGGUUUGUGUGUGGGCAGGGGCACGAAGGAGGAGCCUACAAGGGAGGAGUCGCCCCGAAGAGGCAGGAGGUAAACUCACGAUCUCUCUGGUUAGGAAAGAUUUGUUUGGCUGAGUGUAAAGGGAUCAGGACCUUGUCGGCGACUCCCGAGAGGUAUGUGGCUUUUCUUCAGCUGCGAUCUGCCACUUAAAUGAGUUGCCUUCGAGUGGGGCUUGCCUAGACCAAUAGUUGCCAAAGAUGGCAGAAGAAAUCAUCACCCCAGUGUAUUGCACAGGCGUCUCCGCUCAGGUCCAGAAGCAGAGGGCUAAGGAUCUAGGCCUGGGGCAGCAUGAGAAUGCAGUGAAGUACUUGGGCCAGGACUUUGAGAAGCUUCGGAAUGCAUGCUUACAGAGUGGAGCCCUCUUCCGAGAUGACACCUUCCCUCCUGCAGCCGCCUCCUUGGGCUUCAAAGAAUUGGGUCCAAACUCCUCCAAAACCUAUGGAAUCAAGUGGAAGAGACCCAUGGAAAUGUGUUCCAACCCGCAGUUCAUUGUUGAUGGAGCCACCCGCACAGACAUCUGCCAGGGAGCGCUCGGUGACUGCUGGCUCUUAGCUGCAAUUGCUUCUCUCACCUUGAAUGAAACCAUCCUCCAUCGAGUGGUCCCCCAUGGGCAGAGCUUCCAGAAUGGAUAUGCUGGCAUCUUCCACUUCCAGAUCUGGCAGUUUGGGGAGUGGGUGGACGUUGUAGUGGACGAUCUUCUCCCGACGAAGGAUGGGAAGCUGGCUUUUGUACACUCAGCACAAGGCAAUGAGUUCUGGAGUGCCCUCCUCGAGAAAGCUUAUGCCAAGGUGAAUGGCUGCUAUGAAGCUCUGUCUGGAGGAAGCACCUCAGAGGGCUUUGAAGACUUCACUGGAGGGGUCACCGAAUGGUACGAGCUUCGGAAACCCCCCAGUGACCUUUACCAAAUUAUUUUGAAAGCUCUGGAAAGGGGAUCUCUGCUUGGCUGCUCCAUUGAUAUUACCAGUGCUUUGGACAUGGAGGCUGUAACAUUUAAAAAGCUGGUGAAGGGUCAUGCCUAUUCGGUCACAGGAGCCAAACAGAUUAACUACCGAGGACAGAGUGUUAAUCUAAUUCGAAUGCGAAACCCAUGGGGAGAGGUGGAAUGGACUGGAGCCUGGAGUGAUAACUCUUCUGAGUGGAACGUGGUGGACCCCUCUGUGGGACAGCAGCUAAGGAUUAAAAUGGAAGAUGGGGAAUUCUGGAUGUCCUUCCAAGAUUUUUUGAGAGAGUUCACACGGCUGGAGAUCUGUAACCUUACUCCAGAUGCACUGAAAGCACGCACCUUCCGCAAGUGGAACACAACACUCUAUGAUGGCACCUGGAGACGGGGGAGCACAGCUGGAGGCUGCAGGAAUUUUCCAGCUACUUUCUGGAUAAACCCUCAGUUUAAAAUCCGACUGGAAGAGGUGGAUGAUAAUGAUGAUGACUACAGCAGAGAAUCGGGCUGCAGCUUUCUCCUGGCACUCAUGCAGAAGCACCGUCGCAGGGAAAGGCAAUAUGGGAAGGACAUGGAGACCAUUGGCUUUGCUGUCUAUGAGGUUCCUCGUGAGUUUGUAGGCCAGUCUGCAGUUCACCUGAAACGAGAUUUCUUCCUGGCAAAUGCCUCACGAGCUCGCUCGGAGCAGUUCAUAAAUCUUCGUGAAGUCAGCACACGCUUCAAGUUGCCUCCAGGGGAGUAUAUUGUUGUGCCUUCCACCUUUGAACCUAACAAGGAAGGAGAUUUUGUCCUGAGGGUCUUCUCAGAGAAAAAAGCUGGAACUGAGGAGAUGGAUGAUCAGAUCCAGGCUAAUCUUCCAGAUGAGAAAGUGCUUUCUGAAAGUGAGAUUGAUGACAGUUUCAAGCAACUUUUCAAGCAGCUCGCUGGAGCGGAUAUGGAAAUCAGUGUCUCAGAACUGCAGACUAUCCUCAACAAAAUCAUAAGUAAACAUAAAGACCUCCGAACUAAAGGGUUCAGUACUGAGUCAUGCCGAAGUAUGGUGAACCUCAUGGAUAGAGAUGGAAAUGGGAAAUUAGGACUGGUGGAAUUCAACAUCCUCUGGAACAAAAUUAGGAGUUACCUGGUUGUCUUUAGGAAGUUUGAUUUAGACAAGUCUGGAUGCAUGAGUGCCUAUGAAAUGCGAAUGGCGCUGGAGUCUGCAGGCUUUAAACUGAACAAGAAACUGUAUGAAUUGAUCAUCACCCGUUAUUCUGAGCCUGACUUGGCUGUUGACUUUGAUAACUUUGUGUGCUGUUUAGUGCGACUUGAAACCAUGUUCAGGUUUUUUCAAUCUCUGGACACAGAUAAAGACGGAAUUGUCACUUUUGACUUAUUUAAGUGGUUACAGCUAACCAUGUUUGCUUGAAGAAGAAAAGGAACCACUCCCACCCAGCCAUUCAGCUUUUUUCCCCAUGUAAUCUCAUCUGCAAGUGCCUUUGCCUUGGGAUAAGGGGAGGGGGGUGUCUCCUCCUCCUUGCUGCCUCUACUCCUUGCCCCACACCUACAGAAGCCUCACUUUGGACAAGGGGACCCCACGCCUAUGCAUGGAGAUACUCUUAUCAGUUCCUACCCUUAUGCCUGGUUGACUUGUCCUUGGAAGCCUUUCUGCACCUUCUCUCAGGCAGCUAAAACCAUUCUGUUUUUAAUUUUUAGUGCAACAUUUUGGUGAGAAACUGCAGGACACAAUGCCAAAGCCACAUAUGGGCCUUCUCAUUCAAUUAUGUGCUCAUUUUUUUAAAUGGAUAAGUACGUCUGAUGCCAAUGGGGGAUGAUGCUACCCUCUUGUAGAGCCCGCCAUACAGAGUAUCCUAGAAAAUUUGCUGCCUUCCGGGGAGGUCACGUUUUCUAGGCUCCUUCUCCACACUUUGCUUUUUGGAUUUGUUUAUGAUUGCUUUGUUAGUGAAGAUUCUAACUAAAGUGCUAAAUAUUACAAUUUGCCAAGGCAACCGCUUCCCCUCCUCCCCCUCCCUUCCUGUCCCUGUAUUACUGGUCUUUACUCUCCCUUCUUCUCCCCUCUCCCACCCCCAGAACUUCCAUUUCAGCCUCUGGCUUUUUGUUUUUAAAUUUCCUGAGACAGACCCCAAAGGAAUUAGGGCUGUAUUUGCAGGUCUCCUUAUAUGAGCCCUUUUCCAUGCUCUUUAUACCUGAGAAUAUACAUGAGAGAGGAACAGCGAGAAAGGGCCCAGCAAACUGGAAUGUAUGCAUUUCAUUCAUGGUGCACUGUGAAAAGCCUUCACCUUAAGAUGGUUGACCUGGGAUUUCUUGUGCCUCAAGACUACAAUAGCCAAACACCUUUCACCUGUUUCACCUUUGCCUUUCCACACUGCCGCUGUACUUAUCCAAGCUUAAAGUAGCAUGAACAUUCUCCAAAGCUUUCUCUCCCUGAGGUCAAACUGUUCUUGUCAUUUGCUAUUUUUUAUAUUCCUGUAUGUGAUAAGGGGAUUUUGAGGUGAUUAGCAUGCUUAUUUAACAUUGCCAGGAGUGUCAAUAUCAGGGAUUAUGUUACACAUACGUACUGAGUAGUUUUAUUUUGUAUUGUAGAAACCGAAUGUUUUAAUGUCAAAAAUAAAUUUUAAAAGUACUAUUAAAACUA